AUGAAUAAUUAUACUUUAGUUUUGGAGUAUGCUGAUAGUGAAUUGCAGUUAGCAAACACUGUGUUAUGUUUGUUAUGUUUACAUGAACUUGAUAUAAUUCAUCGUGAUCUGCUUGUAUAUCAGAAGUAUAUUAAAUUGGAAGACUUUGGAUUAUCAAGAAAGAUUUCUGAAGCGUCAAGUAAUAUAUCAAAAUUAAUGUCAAGUGGACGUCAACCAUUUAAAAAUAUUGAGUAUGAUAAAUUUAACUUAGCUAUACAUGGAGGAAAAAGAGAAGAAAUUAUCAAUGAAACUCCUACUAUUGAAUAUAAAUGUUGGAGAUAUGAACCAAAUGAACGUCCAAGCGUACGAAAGCUUGUUUCAAUACUUAAAUCAAUUAUUCUGAAAAAAAACUCUACACUUGUUGAUGACAUUUACCGGAAAAUUAUGAAUGGUGUUAAAAAAGAUGAAGUUGAAGCUUUGAAUGGUAUAAGAUCAGCUGAACAAGAAUAUAGCGAUGCGCAAAUAAUCUUAACAGAAAAAGAUAUAGGAAAAGCAAUUUAUUGGUAUCAAAAAGCAGCAGAUGAAGGAAAUAAAAUCGUACAAUAUAAUUUGAGUUAUACACAAAAUAAACUUGGAACCCUUUAUAAAAAUGGCAUAGGAACAGAUAAGGAUUUGGAAAAAACUGCCCAUUGGUAUAAAGAAGCAUUAGAUAAUGGAUAUAAAGAAGCUAAAGAAAAUUUGGAUAAUAUAGAGUCGAGAUCACAUUAUAGCUGA